AUUCGCAUAGUGAGCAAAACCAAACAAACUAACACAGUCAAUUUAAAUUCUUCAUAUUGUAUUGUUGUCUUCUGCGCAGCACUUUAUUUUUCCAAAAAAUACGUAUAGAAAAUAUCUUGAAUUCGUAAUAAAAAGAAGAUUAAAUGCAAACAAUGUUGCUAUCACAAUAAUGUUCGUAUCGUAGAGGUAAAUUAUAGAAAAGCGAAUCUGUUACAGACGCACUCAAUCUCAGUGUAGAUUAGUUCGUCUGGACAUCAUCUUUUAUCUAAAAAUCGAAACCUGCUAACGUCUCCGGUUUGCUGAUUGUGAUUAUUACCGAUUUAGUUCAGCGUGCGGUGUGAAUCUUGUCGGUCGCCAGCUUUAAAAAAUGGAACAUUAAUUAUUUGCUACAUCUAAAGAAUACACGAACUUACAAUAAUACUGGCCAGUGAAUAGUGAUAAACUUUGAAUACUACGAAAAAAAAACAUUACAAAAUGAGCACUGCAGGCGGCUCUGUUUUGGCGGGCUUUGUCCCCGAAUAUUUUUUCAACAUUGUCGAAGAGCUCGAUGAACAUCCAUGGUUAUUUGCGGCUCUUGCGUCUGUGCUGGUGGGUCUUAGUGGAAUCUUGCCACUUCUCAUCAUCCCAAUUGAUGAGACGGCUACUUUCAAGGACGGAUCUGGUGCUGCAACUUUACGGAUACUGCUGAGUUUUGCCGUGGGUGGGCUACUUGGAGACGUUUUCCUGCAUCUCUUGCCUGAGGCAUGGGAGAAUGACUUGAAGUCAACACCAGACGGCGAACAUGUGUCCAUGAAAUGCGGCCUCUGGUGUUUAUUCGGAAUGUUGGUCUUCAUAGUGGUGGAGAAACUCUUCGCGACAGUCGAAGCUGAAGACGAUGAUGAUGAUGACAAACAAAAACAGAAUGGUUCAAUACAGCAGAUAGAGAUAGAAGAGAUCGAAAAGCUGUUAGAAGUGGAAAGGAAGCAGCGUGGUAAAGGGAAGGGAGAAGGCAUAUGUGGUGGGAAUGGAAAAGUCACCGCCAAGCAGCUGUAUGAUUCUUGUGUCUUCAAUAACAAUACAACAGGAGAGGGUGUGUGCUGCAGCGCUAGGGCUUCUGGAAGCGGAGCACGCGGCGCCAGCGGAGCCCUAGGCGGAGGCGGAGGUCCGGGCAGCCGCUGGAUGGGACGCUGUCUAUUGCGAGAGGCGAGGGACAAGGCGCUCCACGCCACCAAGGAGAAGACCGGGAAGAAACAGGUGGCUGGCUACUUAAACUUAAUGGCGAAUUCCAUAGACAACUUCACGCACGGCCUGGCCGUCGGCGGAUCCUUCCUCGUUGGAUUCAGAGUCGGCCUCCUUACCACUUUCGCUAUACUCGUGCAUGAAAUACCUCAUGAGGUGGGAGAUUUUGCAAUACUUCUGAAAAGUGGAUUCUCGCGGUGGGAGGCCGCCAAAGCGCAGCUGGCAACGGCAUCUGCGGGUUUGAUCGGAGCAAUGACGGCAGUUAUUUGCAGUGGAGCCAACAAUGCCAUAGAAGCGAAGACGUCCUGGAUAGCACCGUUCACGGCCGGCGGUUUCUUACACAUCGCGCUGGUGACGGUGCUCCCUGAACUGCAGCGGGAGAACGAUCGCUGGCAGUCGUUGCGACAUCUCGCGGCACUGUUCACAGGUGUUGCACUCAUGGCCGCUAUGACGUACUACUGCGGGUAAGCGCCGCACCAUACUACAACUACGCCCCCUAUACGAGACUGUUUUGGCCUCUGCAGACGAGACUUUCCACAGAAUAUAUAUUCAAUUCCGUGACGUCAUGUUAAAUCAAAUCAAAAAUUAUUUAUUCAUGUAGGACAUUGCAGCCGCUUAUGAACGUAUUUUUUUUUAUUAUUAAUUUUCCCUACCGUCAGUAUACAGAUUCCAA